AUUACAUGGGCGCAAGAAAUACUCGCAUGGCAGGAAUUAAACCAAUAAAUGGCAAAUGAAUCCUGGCCAAAUAUCCUGAGACAAUGGAUGAAGAGACCUUCAAAUACGUGCUUGAAGAAUUCCUGUGUAUAAAAAUCGCUGGAGACAUUAGGAAUUUCAGGAUGAAGCUGGCUAUCAACCCAUAUGCCAAGUUUUUUUAUUGGCUCGUUGCAGGUAUUCAAAGAUGAGAAAAACAAAUACUACCUGAAUUCAAAGAACUAAAUAUCCAAGUUAGCCACGACAUGAAGUCCUGAUCAGUCACCAAGAAGAGUUUGGAGUACCUAACGAAAGUGAUACCUGAAAAGCUGCCAACAUUCAGAUUGGAGAACACUACUGAUAGCUUGUUCCCUAUAACUCCAUAUCUAUCCUCAAUCAACCAAGUAUCCGCUCGGAUUACAGGUUCAGUGAUAAUCGAAGGAUUUAAAAUAACAUUUAAUGAACUUGGCCAGUUACUUAAAAGUUCAGCUGCUCCUAAACUGACGACUAUCCUGUUCAAAUCUUGAGAAAUUGAAAUCCCUGAUUCUAGAAGCGAGCCUAUAUGUUCAGAAAUUGGACAAAUAAUCAUAACUUGUCCUCCAAAGACGGCAAAGAGUACGACUAAAGCUCUAUCAGAAACGUUCUCGAGCAUGAUCACAAACUGAUCUCUACUGAUCGUUACAGCUGAAGAUACACUAAGCAAGCAAUCCUAAAUCGAAUUUUACAUAUUUCAAU